GCGGAGGACGAGAAGCUCCAGGUCACAGUGAGCGUGAAGAUUGAGGAGGGUUUCUCACAUGAAAACCAGCCUCCUGGGGCAUUGCAGGAACCUGGUGAUUGCUGGCUGGAGCAGCCAAAGGGCCAUCUUACAGACCAGCCUCUGAAGGAGGCAGGACAGAGGGAUACCCCAGGGUCUCGGGACAAGCCACCUCAUGUCCCCAAAGAGGAGCCCAUACCUGACCAGAAGUCAGUUAAACCCAGGCCUCUGUCCUGUUCCAGAUUCCCCUAAAGCAGAGGAGACCUGGGACUGGUCAGCAGAUGAAAGUUUCUCGGGCUGGUGCCCUGAACGAAACCCUUCCCCAGGAGCAGGGACCCUUAGUAGAGCCGAUGAACAGCCUUCUGAGGAAGGGCCUGUAAUCCUGGAGCUGCAGAGGACUUCCCCAGAGAUAAUGGGAGAGAGGGCCUCCCUGAUGCCUGAACCAGGCCAACUGGAGAAGGGGGAGGGCAGACCUCCAAAGCAGGGGGAGAGCUUGGAGCACUGGAGCAUUCACUUAGGGAGGAAGACACACCGCUGCACCAAGUGCAGAAAGAACUUGAUGUGCUGGCAAGGCCUGUCCCAGCACCAGUGUGUCCAGAGGAGGGAGCAGCCAAACCGUGGCACCAAGAAUGGGAAGAACUUCAGACAGCCCUCCAACCUGGUCAGGCACAGGCUCAUGCACAUAAGGGAAAAGCCGUAUCAUCAGCACUGUGAGUAUGGUAAGAGCUUGACCCGCUCCUCCACCCUAGUCAAAUGCCAGCUCAUACACACAGAGCAGAAGCCACAUCAGUGCUUUGAGUGUGGGAAGAACUUCACCCAGUCCUCCCAUCUGGAUGAGCACCAAUGUGUCCACACCAGGGAGAAGCCACAUCAGUGCUAUGAGUGUGGGAAGAGCUUCACACAGUCCUCCAGUCUGGCCAAACAUCAGCGCAUCCACACAGGGGAGAGGCUAUAUCUGUGCUCUGUGUGUGGGAAGAGCUUUACCCAGUCCUCCCACCUGACCCAGCACAAGCACAGCCACAUGGAGGAAAAGCCACAUCGGUGCUCUGAGUGUGGGAAAAGCUUCACUUCCUUUUCCCACCUGGCACAGCACCAGCUCAUCCACACAAGGGAGAGGCCCUAUCAGUGCUCAGAGUGUGGGAAAAGCUUCACCCACUCCUCCUACCUGGCCCAGCACCAGCGCAUCCACACAGGGGAGAAGCCAUAUCACUGCUCUGUGUGUGGGAAAUGCUUCACCCACUCCUCGAGCUUGGCCCAGCACCAGCGCAUCCACACAGGGGAGAGGCCAUAUCUGUGUUCUGUGUGUGGGCAGAGCUUUACCAAAUCCUCCCACCUGGCCCAGCACCAGCGCAUCCACACAGGGGAGAAGCCACAUCAGUGCUCAGAGUGUGGGAAGAGUUUCAUCUGCUCUUCCCACCUGGCACAGCACCAGCGCAUCCACACAGGGGAGAGGCCAUAUCAGUGCUCCGAGUGUGGGAAGAGCUUCUCCCAAUCUUAUUACUUGGCCCAGCACCAGCGCAUCCACACAGGGGAGAAACCACAUCAGUGCUCGGAGUGUGGGAAGAGCUUCUCCCGAUCUUAUUACUUGGCCCAACACCAGCGCAUCCACACAGGGGAGAAACCACAUCAGUGCUCAGAGUGUGGGAAGAGCUUCACCCGAUCCUCCACCCUGGACCAGCACAAACGCAUCCACACGGGGGAGAAGCCACAUCAGUGCUCCGAGUGUGGGAAAAGCUUCACCCACUCCUCCAGCCUGGCUCGGCACCAGCGUAUCCAUACAGUGGAGAAGCCACAUCAGUGCUCUGAGUGUGGAAAAAGCUUCCCCCAGCUGUCCAGCUUGGCCCAGCACCAGCUUAUCCACACAGGAGAGAGAUCACAUAAGUGAUCUGAGUGUGGGAAGUACUUUUCCCAACCCUGUUACUUGGCCCAGCACCAGCUCAUCCACACAGGGGAGAGGCCAUAUCAGUGCUCUGUGUGUGGGAAGAGCUUUACCCAAUCCUCCCACCUGGGCCAACACCAGCACAUCCAUAUGAGGGAGAAGCCACAUCAGUGCUCAGAUUUUAGGAAAAGCUUCACCUGCUUUUCUCACCUUGCACAGCACCAGCUCAUCCACACAGGUGAGAGGCCACAUCAGUGCUUGGAGUUUGGGAAGAGAUUCUCCCAAUCUUAUUACUUGGCUCAGCACCAGCACAUCCACACGUGGCAGAAACCACAUUAGUGCUUGGGGUGUAGCAAAAGCUUCACUCAGUCUUGCAGCCUGGCCCAGUACAAGUGCAUCCACACAGGGGAGAAGCCAUGUCAGUGCUCUGAGUCUGGAAAAAGCUACAUCCACUCCUCCAGCCUGGCCUGACACCAGUGCACCCACACCCGGGAGUAUCUAUAAUUGUACCGGCAAUACAGAAAGGGAUUGGGGGUGCCUAACUGCUCAGCACCCACCAGUGGCUGCAUUCAGGAAAGCUGACUCAUGCUGGUGUACUGCAUAAAAUUCACCCAACCUUCAGUCCACAUAUGGUGUAGCAGAACCCAAAGGACUCAGAGGCGGGUCCCCAAGGUUUGAUUGAGGGGAGGAACUAAGAGGAAACACUUCAGGCAGAGGCUAGCUGGGGAAGCAGUGAGGAGACAAUCUUUGCAUCAGCCUUGGAGCCUGUGCAUUCCCCAUCAUUCUCUAGAAGUCUAAAACCCAUCUGUUCUUCCUGGGGGGGAACAAGUACCUUCACAACAGGGUACCCUCCCCAAGACACAUAUCUCCAAAUGAAACCCAGAGGCUGUCCUUGGCCACCUUCCAGCUUUGUCCUCCUUCCUGUUCCCAGGCUUCUGGUAUGUGAGGCUCUUGAGAUGUAGGAAAGAGAACAUUUAUGGCUGGAGAAGCAUUCCCUGCUCCCCACCCUGACGUUGCCUAUCUUCCCCACUACAUCAACCUUCUUUGCCUGCUCAUGCCCAUCAGGUGUCUAAGGAGCUGCUAGUGCAACCCCAAGCCCAGUUUUGCAGGUUUUGCUUUGCAGCCUCUCUGAAAGUGCACUGCUGGCUGCCUGCUGAUCCCCCUGUCCUUCCCUUCAUUUCAUUUUCUGUAAUGCAUUCUCUAGUAAAGCUCCAGAACCGAAGUUGAUAUCCUUGUGGUUGGUCUCUGUGUCCUCUCCGGAGCUCUGUAAUGGGAACAGAUCAGGGCCCGGUCUCCUUUCCAGGGCAGAUCUGACUUCCUACCCUUUCCCUUUCCAGAGGGUUUACUGCAAUCCAGGGGUUCUUGGUAAGCGUUGGUAGCAGUUCAUCACACUCAAGACCUCACUCCUAUGCCUUGCUGUGCAGCCAGGACCCUGAAGGAACAUCUGUUCAGGGGACAGUGGAGUCUCUUUUUGGGGUGAAAUGGGGCAGCAGAAGUAAAGGAGGUGCCACUUGUGGGAGAUCUUUCCUGCGGAAGGGUGGGGAAAGUAUGAAGACAUCUUCUGGGUAAAAUGCAGCGUGUUGUAAUUUUUCACUAUCAAUGCUAAGGUCCCCCUGCUAAUGCCAAAGCCAUUUGGCUCCAUGAUUGUUGUGGAGAUGCAUGUUCUGCUGCUUGCUGCCCCAGAGACCCCUGCAACACCCAGGGCACCCAACCUCUGCAAGGAGAUACUGGCCCCACCACUGCUGACUCCAGGGAGGGAGAAGCACAGGAAGGGAGCCCUUCCAAUAUAUAGAAGUCAGGGAAGUGUGUUCAGACAGAGGUAGCUUGGCCUGUAUCCUGGGUUCUGCCACUGAGGGUUGCUCCCAGCCCAGGCAGGAAGGUCAUGACCCAGAGACUACAGCCCUGGGUGCUGAGGUUGCAGAGGUCAGAGACAGCAGCCAACAAAGCACAGCCUUCCCAGCAAAGGCUACUUUGCCUCCCCAGGGGUAGGAGCAGGACAUAAGACUUCUGAGCAGGCCCUAUCCACGCCCAGAGACAGCAAUGGGGAGCAAAGCCUUUGCCAUAGGGGCUGUGGAGGGACACGGGAAGGCUGCUCAGGGUCCUGCUGUUUCUGUCACUGCCCCUUGGGAAGCGACUGCCCCAUGCUCUGCCAUCACUGGGAUUGAUCACACCUGGUGGCUCUGGCUUCAUUGUUUGGGACACAGAGGCCAUGGUCUUUCCAUCUCUUGUCAGGUCCUGGGGAUGGAGAGAGCAGGAAAAUGCUGAGGGAUGCAGGCUUCAGGAAGAUUCAUGGGCAUCAGGAGUGAUGCGGGGACUAGGGAAAGCCCUCCCUUCUUUCACCGGGUUGAAGGGAUUGGCUCUUCUUGGUGGGAUGUCUCUGCUGAUUUUCUGCUCUGUGCUGUCCCCCACAGAUGCCUUUCUGACCCCCUCUGCCUUCUGGGAAAUACUGUGUAUGGGUUUCCUUGCUCCUUCCUUGGCCAAUGUGAGGGGUGUCUUAUUGUGGACAGUUCAUUCCAGUCUCAGUCACAAACUCAAAUGUGUCUGUGCCCAGACAGGAGUCCUGCCUGGCAGGAGUCAGUCUUAGAGCUCAGGAGGCAGGACACCUCAGAGAUGGGAAGAGCCAAGUAAUCAUCGAACAGCUGUGCCAAAUACUUCAGACUGCAGUUGGACAGAAAAUGCCAACUAGUGGUAUUUGGUGUGCAGAAUAUUGAAAAUGCCUUUUAAGUUUCUGAAUUUCCGCAAAAAAUCUGACAGAAUAGUAAAAGAGAAUCCCUCCUGUUUCCUGCUGUCCCCACACAGCAUGGGGACCCACUUUGGAUUGGGAACCCGCUGCUCCUCUUGCCAUAGGACUCCUCCAGUCCUCCCACUGGCUAUCAGAGACUCCUUUUCCACUUGGGUACAGGACCCCCCUAACUCCCCUCCGUUGGCAAGAGGG